UGUUCAGUUUGGGCUGAAGCUAGCCAUGCCCGGCCGAAAGCCAAGAUGGUUGGAAGUAUGAACAUGUUUGCUUCUGUUUGCUCACCAGUGGGGCAUGCGGGGACUCCACUGAUUUUUGUGACUGAAGCCAUUUUGGCUGUAAUCCUGCUGCAUGUCAAAUUUAAUCUCUGAAAGUUCCAAAGAGAGCUUUGGAACGUGGAGCUCGUCUAGUCCAAUCGACAGCUUCCUGAAGCUUCAGCACCAAUGGCGGCCGGGUUGGUACUUUGUGGUCUUUGUAGUGAAUGCCACAGCUACAGCUCUGCUGUUUCCUGUGGAUGACCCUGAGGACCACCUCUACCAGGACCAACCUAUCUCAUUGCAAAGGAGUAGAUGGUGCUUUUGUUUGCUGAUGCUGGCGAGCCUUGGAUGUGGUUGCGCGGCGGCUUUUUUGACAAAAAGGGCCGGAGCUUCAGCUCAUGUGCGGUCAGCAAGUGGCCAUAGCAUUAGUCUCUGGUUUGAAUCCAUGUUGGCCUCGAUGAGCUUGGCCCCUUGUGGAUUCAGAUAUGGAUUCAUACCAGUUGGCAACCACCACUCAUGGCACAUGGGUUUUGCAUUGUGUAGGGGUCUUCUUUAUUUGAUUGGCUCAUUCCUGUUGGAGAGGCUCAUCGCUUCUCGAAUGGAUCUCUUAGAGCAGGCUUCGAAUCAAAACUACUGCAGUGGCUGCGUUCGCAGGUGGUGACAAGCAUGGUGGCGGCUGGCUCCCUGGCGAGGUCCUUCCUUCACUUGCGUCGGGUUUUGUAUGAGGCGGAGCUUGAAGACGUGCCAGCAGCUGCAAAGUCGUUGAGACGAGCCCGAAGGUUUGCCGCUCUACAGGCGAUUGGCGUCUCUUUCAGCCUCGUGCUCACGAUUGUGGUAGUUCCCUUUGUUCUAUGUGAAAAUCUGGGUGUUAUGGUUGACAACGAUGCAGUAAAUGCGAUCAGCUUGCUUCAGGCUCUUGAUUUCCUUGGGCAUGCGCUCGCCGCACUGCUCCUAUCAGGCAGCCACAGGUUGCCGAAGGUACACCAGACAUCUUACCAAGCCGGUCGCCAGUUGUCCUGUUGGGCAUGCCCCAGUCAGAACAGAGCAGCACCAGAAAAGGAAACAGCCUGGAGCCCCACCUGGAAGGCAAAAAUUGAAGAGCUCUCAUUGCGGGGCAUGACUUUGCGCAGCCUUCUGCAUUUUUUAUCAGGAACACCUCCCUUCCAUGCCUGACUGGACAUACACACCCAAACAUCACAAGACAAGGGAUGUGGUCCGCAGGGUGAUCAUCCCUCUCACCAGCCAGGAGGAAUUGGCCUUUGCAGUCUCAGCCUUGAACAGGGAUGGUGCUCAAAGGGCUCAAGUCAUGGUGACCCACAACUGGGGCAACAGUUUCAAACACAUGCUGGCCGCUGUUGUCUCUGAUGCUUUGCAGGAAUGCAGUUUCAAAAUGGCCGCGCAGCUGCUGGAGGAAGACUGUGCCUUUUUGUGUGGGAUCUUGGCCAAGAGCCGUCGAUUGGACGACACAUAUUGGAUUUGCGCUUUUGCGGUGAACCAACAUACCAGCAUUUGCCACAGCAAUCCUUAUGACCGGGACCCCUUGACAAAUGAGCUGCAUCCAGUGUGUGCUUGCAGUUGCGUUAAUAUCUCUGAUGCGGAUGGCCGAAGCAGUUCCUCAGAGAUUAACAAGUUUGAUGACAUGAUGUACCACCUCGCAACAACAGGAAUUUGCAGGCAAGUGAUUGCAGUGGACAAAUCGUUUGAAUUGUUUCGCCGUGCUUGGUGUGUGGCGGAAAUUGCAGAAGCCAAACGGUUGGGCAUGACUCAGUCACUGAAGCUUCUGUCCAAGGCCACUAUUCAGACCUUAGAAGUCUUGGAUGUUCGCAGCAUGAAUGCUUCAUCCGAAAAGGACAAGGAGCUCAUACUGGGUAAGAUUCAUAACAUUGACGAGUUCAAUGCACAGCUGCAAGCGUUAAUUUUUGACCCCACAUCGGGCCUUGUUGCAUCCUGGAACACCAUGGACAGUUUGCAGCAGGUGGGAGAAGUUGGCCGGCUCAUCCGCUGGGGCCUCGCUGAUGCGGGCACUGGUAAAGUGUGGAAUGCAUGGGAUGCCGAUGAAUGAGUUUUUUUGAUCAACCGAUCCCAGAAGAUCCAUGGGGUUUUUCGAAUUCGGUGCAUUUCGGUGCCAGCCGGCAAGUAGGAGUUAAUCACACUAAGUUGAUUUUACAGCCAGGUUGGCACAUCCACAUUAUGUGUUUCAACUUGGCAAUCGAAAUGUUAAAACUGGCCAAAUUGCUGUAAGCGCUAUUUGGCCAACACUUGAUUAUGCAGCAGAAACAGGACAGUUCAGGAGUUGUUCUUGCCGUCAUGCGGUCCUUUCGGAAAAUUAU